AUGGGGUUCCAAAACUUGGUAUUGAUGACAUUUAUGGUGGCAUUGGUUUUUGGCCAAUUUGGGAAUUAUAAGGUUACUGCUCGUCCACAUAAGCACUCAUACAAACACUCAGCCUUCGAAAAACUUGAGGUUGUUGGUUUCAUCCAACGAAGUGGCACCCAUUUUAUUCUAAAUGGAAAGCCACACUACUUAAACGGGUUCAAUGCCUACUGGUUAAUGAUUAUGGCAUCUGAGCCAUCUACAAUGUCCAAGGUUACUUCAACCUUUCAAGAAGCUUCCCAGCAUGGUUUAAACGUAGCAAGAACCUGGGCCUUCAACGAUGGAGGUGACAAAGCCCUUCAGAUUUCUCCAGGUUCUCAUGACGAGAACAUCUUCAAGGGUUUGGAUUUUGUGAUAUCAGAAGCAGGAAAAUAUGGUGUACGAUUGAUACUAAGUUUGGUGAAUAACUGGAACGAUUAUGGUGGUAAGAAGCAGUACGUGCAAUGGGCAAGGGAACGCGGCCAGAACGUAAACAACGAUGAUGACUUCUUCACACACCCUGUCGUUAAGCAAUACUACAAAGAUCAGGUCAAGACUGUGUUGACAAGAAACAACACAAUAACUGGAUUGGCAUAUAAGGAUGACCCAACCAUUUUUGCAUGGGAGCUUAUCAAUGAACCUCGUUCUCAGAAUGACUACUCCGGGAAAUCAAUUCAGGAUUGGGUGAGCGAAAUGGCUGCUUAUGUUAAGUCCAUUGAUAGCAAUCAUUUACUAGAAGUAGGGCUUGAAGGAUUUUAUGGUGAAUCGAUGCCAGAAAAGAAAGAGUUUAACCCUGGAUACCAAGUUGGAACUGAUUUCAUUUCCAACAACCAAGUUCCCCAAAUUGAUUUCGCCACCAUCCAUCUCUACCCUGACCAAUGGGUAUCGAGCUCUAACGAAUCGGCCCAAGAUGCCUUUGUUAGCAAAUGGGUCCAAGCCCAUAUUCAGGACUCAAAAGAUGUUUUAGGAAAGCCCAUUCUUCUUUCUGAGUUUGGAAAGUCUUCGAGAUCUUCAGGAUACAGCGUGGACGAAAGGAAUACUUACUUUGAGCAAUUAUACGGUUUCAUAUACAGUAGCGCUAGCAGCGGAGGCCCAUGUUCUGGUGGGCUUUUCUGGCAAGUAAUGGCCCAAGGAAUGGAUGGUUAUCGUGAUGGGUAUGAAGUCAUCUUCGAAGAGGGUCCCUCGACAGUGAAUGUGAUAACUCAACAAUCUCAGAAAAUGUCAAAUAUUGAGUAG